AUGAUAGAGAUCGUGCUAUCAAGAAAUAUGCUUUCCUUCAAUGAGCUUAAUCCGGGCAUCGUUAGACCAGAAUUUCAGGCAGCAAAGCUUGAAUUGAAGCUAGUCAUGUUCCAGAUUCUUCAAAUUCUGCCAAGAGUGAUAGAGGAUGCACUUAGACUAAAGUUAUUCCCGUACUCCUUGAGAGACAGAGCUAGAGCUUGGUUGAACUCUUUGCCAUCUAAUUUUGUUAGUACUAGGCAAGAGUUGGCUGAGCAGUUUUUGAUGAAGUAUUUUCCUCCCACUAAAACUAUCAAGCUCCGCAAUGAGAUUACCUCAUUUCAACAACUUGAUGAAGAAUCUUUAUAUGAGGCAUGGGAGCGGUCUAAGAAGUUUUUGCGCAAAUGCCCUAACCAUGGCAUUCGACAUUGCAUCCAGAUGGAGACCUUCUAUAACAGUCUCAACGCUCAUACAAGAAUGGUGGUUGAUGCUUCAGCGAAUGGGGCUCUUCUUGCUAAGUCCUAUAAUGAGGCAUAUGAAAUCCUUGAGAGUAUAUCCAACAACAACUAUCGGUGGCCCACUUCUAGAUUGUCUACAAGUAGAAAGGUGGUUGGUAUUCAUGAUGUAGAUUCCAUCACUUCUUUAGUAGCCCAAUGGUCCUCGAUUUCUAUUAUUCCCAAGACAAUGAAUAUGGGGAUGAAUCAAUCAAUGAGGCUGCCUAUGGGGACACAAAUGGGGCAAAUGGAGAGCAUUUCUUGUGUGUAUUGUGGUGAGGGUCAUACUUUUGACAACUGUCCUUCCAAUCCAGUAGUUGUGUGUUACAUGGGGAACCAAAAUAGGAAUGGUCCUUAUUCUAAUUCAUACAACCCAUCAUGGAGGCAACAUCCCAAUUUUUCAAGGAGUAAUCAAGGAGCAGGCACUAGCAAUCCUUCUAUGCCUCCAAGACCAAAUUUUCCACCGGGUUACCCUCCACAAGCACCACAACAAAGGCCACAACAACAAGAAAUGCAAUAUAGCUCUCUUGAGAACAUGUUGAAGGAAUAUAUAGUGAAGAAUGAAGCCAUGAUUCAAAGCCAAGCAGCUUCAUUGAGGAACUUAGCAAAACCGAGUUGGGCAACUAGCUAA